GUGUGGCCUCCGCAUCAGUGAUAUAUGAACCGGUUUAGGAAACCAGAUAUAGCAUCUACCCGUGUGGCCAUGCAUGAAUCAUUCUACUGUAACACGGCCAUGCCUUAUAGCGCAUCGCAUCAUAGCGUGUUUUUGGUUUUGUAACCGUUAUUGAUUUAUGUAGAUGCAAAUGAAACGACAGCUGUUGGUCUUGUUGAGUCAGUCACAUUGUGAACGCGGACGGAAAGUGAAGGUUGUAAGAGAUAUUGUGCAAUACUGUCAAUAAGUAGUGAGUACGGUACCGGGAUACCCCAAGACUGCAUUCACUCGCAUCCUCAAGUCCCCCAUCUCUCACCAUGGCUACGACAACGCUGGCUGUUGUGUGCUUCCUGUAUAGUCUACAUCUCAUGGUGCUAGGUGACGACGUGAAGGAAGUGAAGACGUGUACCUCCGAUGCCAAUACUACAUUCAGUAUCACCUGCCAGGAACAGGAGAUGAUGUAUUUCCUCUAUACAAAUUUGCAAGAUAUGACAGACGAUUGUAAGUCUGGCAGCUGCUCUUUCCGACUCUCCGUCAGUACUGACAGUGACUGCACCGGUGUCAGAGCGUGUGAGAAGACAGUGAGGAAAAGCUGGGGAGAUGGCAGUUGUAACAAGACGACCAACUUCUAUCAACCUACGUUAUUAUAUGAGUGUAUUUCUGAGAAACCACUUGACAUCUGCAGUGUGGGCGGAGUUGCAUCCGGGGUGGACAGUUACUUGUAUCUGAAGUCUCCAAACUACCCAGGGAACUAUACCGCAGACUACCCAAACAAGACCUGCACCUGUGAGAUCCGGGGAGCGGGAUUGAGCAUGCUGAUCAUUGAUGCCCUGAUCCUGCCCCGCGCCAACGACACUGACAAAUAUACCAUGACUGCAGGUUCCAACGUCUAUCCCUCAGCUGGAGAUGUUAACACUGUUGUGGGACACAGAUUUUCUGGUGUACGACCAUUUUCUGAUCGGGAAUUGGAGGAUGUGAAGCAGGUGCAGUUGGUGUACAAUGCCGGAGGGAAUGAGAGCCAUGACGGCAACCACUUGUGGAUGAGAGUGAAGGGCACAUCAGCCACAACCGUGUCUUGCAAUGGAGCUCCACAUCCAAGCACACCUGCCCCAACCAACACAGUCAGCCCAACCAACAAAGCCGCUCCAACCUACACCGGCCAUCAUCAGCUGACAUUGACCAGUCUGGUGGCUAUGGUUACUGCCGUUGUAGUGUCCAGUGCUGCCUAACUCAAGGACUACUGACCGAUGACACGGCAAAAGAAGAGUUGGAAUCCUUCUAUACCGGAAUAUAUAUUUCUUAUACACCAGAUACAUGCUUUACUGAACAAUUACAGAAGAUUGGUUGGAAUCCUUCUAUACCGGAAUAUAUAUUUCUUAUAAACAGAGACAUGCUUUACUGAACAAUUACAGAAGAUUGGUUGGAAUCCUUCUAUGCCGGAAUAUAUAUUUCUUAAACACCAGAUACAUGCUUUACUAAAAAAUAUAUAUGUCUUAUACACCAGAUGCAUGCUUUACUGAACAAUUACAGAAGAUUGGUUGGAAUCCUUCUAUACCGAAAUAUAUAUUUCUUAUACACCAGAUGCAUGCUUUACUAAACAAUUACAGAAGAUUUGUUGGAAUCCUUCUAUACCGGAAUAUAUAUUUCUUAUACACCAGAUACAUGCUUUACUAAACAAUUACAGAAGAUUGGUUGGAAUCCUUCUAUGCCGGAAUAUAUAUUUCUUAUACAAAAAGAUACAUGUUUUACUAAACAAUUACAGAAGAUUGGUUGGAAUCCUUCUAUACUGGAAUAUAUAUUUCUUAUACACCAGAUACAUGCUUUACUAAACAAUUACAGAAGAUUUGUUGGAAUCCUUCUAUACCGGAAUAUAUAUUUCUUAUACACCAGUUACAUGCUUUACUAAACAAUUACAGAAGAUUGGUUGGAAUCUUUCUAUGCCGGAAUAUAUAUUUCUUAUACACCAGAUACAUGCUUUACUAAACAAUUACAGAAGAUUGGUUGGAAUCCUUCUAUACCGGAACAUAUAUUUCUUAUACACCAGAUACAUGCUUUAUUAAACAAUUACAGAAGAUUGGUUGGAAUCCUUCUAUACCGGAAUAUAUAUUUCUUAUACACCACAUACAUGCUUUACUAAACAAUUACAGAAGAUUGGUUGGAAUCCUUCUAUACCGGAAUAUAUAUUUCUUAUACACCAGAUACAUGCUUUACUAAACAAUUACAGAAGAUUGGUUGGAAUCCUUCUAUGCCGGAAUAUAUAUUUCUUAUACACCACAUACAUGCUUUACUAAACAAUUACAAAAGAUUGGUUGGAAUCCUUCUAUACCGGAACAUAUAUUUCUUAUACACCAGAUACAUGCUUUACUGAACAAUUACUUUGCUUUCCUUCACCGUGUGAGACGUAGAGCAGUUUAAAUGGGAAACAACUUUUGGGGUGUGAUAUCUUGAAGCAGCGCCCACCUCACUCACACCCUUAGACCCCUGCACUCUCGAACCCCAUCUCUUCUAAUACUAAGGCAAACGUAACUGAUCCGAUACAUUCAUAAAUGACUGAAAACAGCUUGGAAAUAAACUUGUUUAUGCCUACUGGA